AUGAAAAUGCAAGGAUUUCGCAAUUACGCACUCGAAAUGGUGCAUCAUCAUCAUCAAAGUGCAGCUGCUGCUGCUAUGAUCCAACGCGAGCAACAAAUUGUCGUCGAUUUGAUGCCGCCGCAAUACACAAAGCCAUCUCCUCCGCCUUCGCCUCCGACAUCAGAUUGUACGAGCCCGUCAUUGGAUAACAACAGUUCGUCAGGUAGCAACAAUGCCCAAGGAAAUUUGGAUCCGUCAAUUCGUCGGUAUCGCACAGCUUUUACUCGGGAUCAAUUGGCGCGCUUGGAAAAGGAAUUCUACAAAGAAAAUUACGUUUCACGCCCACGCAGAUGCGAACUCGCUGCUCAACUCAACUUACCCGAAUCCACAAUUAAGGUUUGGUUCCAAAAUCGUCGCAUGAAAGACAAACGCCAACGCAUCGCUGUUGCCUGGCCCUACGCUGCUGUUUACUCCGAUCCCGCAUUCGCUGCUUCAAUUUUACAAGCAGCUGCAAACUCCGUCGGCAUGCCAUACGGAUACACGCCAAAUCCGAUGCUUCCGCAAAUGCCCGUUAUGCCAUCACAUGCCGCCGCCUCGUCACACAAUUUUUCAUCGUACGCCGCUGCAUCCGCCGCAAGUGCAUAUCGUUAUGCCCCCUACCCGAUUCCGCCACGUAAUUCGGGCGCUGCAGCUCAAAUGCCCUCAACAACGCCAUAUAGCUCGAUGUUGGGUGCCAUGCCUCAAGGAUACGGACCGUUGAGCAUACCAAAGCCUCAUACGCCUCCUCAUGAUAUCACAAGCCCCGGAUCGCCGCAUUCGACAACGUCACUCAGUCCCGGAUCCGUUUCGUGUCACAGCCCGGUCAAUUCGCUAAAUUCGACGCCAACGGGAUUGUUGAUGACAGCGCCAACAAGUACGAACAACAACACGUCGCAAACGUCACUCAGUACGCCCGAAAAGCCAAAGUUGUUCAAGCCAUACAAGAGCGAGUCAUAG